CCGCAUCAGGCCGAAACAGCAGCCAAUAGGAAAGGUUCUUUGUCCAACCAAUAAGGGCACCUCCAGCUCCUUUCUUUUUACUACCACUUACAUGCCUCACAUCAGGAAAAAGGUCAAGGCGAAGCCUACCGUUGAGGACGACCAGCCAAAGCUAUGCUAUAUUACGCGACUUCCCUUUGAACUUAUUGCCGAAGUGCUCCUGUAUACCCGGUCACCCAAGGAUGUCCUUGCACUGGCCCGAUGCAACAAAUUUUUCUGCGCAACUCUUGUUAGCAAGUCUUCGGAUUACAUCUGGAGAUAUACCAGAAACAACUGCAGACCUGCGCCUCUACCUGAGCCCUUGCAGAUUUUCACGGAAGCGUCGUACGCUGCGUUUGUAUUUGAUGAAGGCAAAUGCGAGGAAUGUGGGAAAGAAAGCAAGCUGAUGUAUGACUCGUUUGCUUUGAGGAUUCGCACUUGCGGCAUGAGUAAAUGCCGGACACAGCUUCUCGAGACAAAGCUUACUUCACCCCAAGCACAGCCUGAAUAUCGCCGAAUCAUCUUGGAGUCUCUUCUGGUCCCCGAACACUCUGAGUGUAUUGGUUCAUUGUCAUAUCUUGCCGGAAAUGCGGGUUGGCCCAAUUGCCAAAAGCUUUACCGCGUCAAUGAAUGGACCGCGGCUGUGCAGGAGUAUCUUGAUGCCUCUCACUCUCCGGAGGAUCUGGAUGUUGUAAUGGAGCGGCGGGCAAGAAUGGCGAAAAGAAUAUCGUUGAUGAUGCCCACAUUUUUGGAACUGUUUAAAUGGAAAGAGAAGUAUGUCAAAGCUCGGGAUGCGAACAAAUCGUCCAACCUUGACUUUGCCAAUGCUCUGGCGACAAAGGUUGGUUAUGAUCAUUGGGAUCUUAUGCAAGCGCCCAGCUACGCUAGACUACAUCGGAGCAAGAAUACAACUUUAGAGAAAGUAACCGAUUCUGACUACAAGAUGAUCCAUGAAGCUGUUGAAGCCGAAAUACUCAAAGUGACCGAGGCGCGGAAACGGUCGAAGCAUGAAGCCGAUUAUAAGCAAUCACGAGAGCUCGUUGAGAAACACUAUGAACGACUUCGCUGCAAGAAGGUCGAGGUUCCUUUGCCACCGCUAGCCAGUUUCCGCAAAAUCCCUAUUAUUCAUACUAUUCAAACAACCCCUCCCUCGCCCGAGUUUGACGUCGCUAAACAGCUGCAGACAUCGCUUGUCUCAACGCUUCUUAAGAGCGAGUUGUCAGCUUGGAGAAGUCAGGCCAAGAACGCGUUAGCCGGUGCUCUAGGUUUUGCAAAUUGGAAGUCGGCAAGCAGCAAACGUUUGCAUCCUGUGGAUAGGAUCAACGCCCGUUUUCGGUGCAAGAAAUGUGCUCAUACGGAGAAUAAGUAUAAAGAAGACGAAUGUUUUGAUUUCUUCGGCGUUUGUUCCCACCAAUGCUCAAAGAAGUUGCGCGGGAAGCAAGAAUGGGACGUUACCCGAUUCUUGAAAGAUGAAAAGGCCUUUGCAGCUAUCUCGAAAUUGGCUGAUAUUGCCUCAAUUAACACUGAAUCACAAGAGUCUAUUAAGGCUUUCGAGGCACUUGACGCUAGAGUUUUGUGCAAUAGCUGCACGGCUGCUAUUGUAUUGCAGUCUUCUGCCGUUGCUGGUCAUUCCCACCGUCAUGAGGAGAUGGAAAUGUCCCUUCUCCCAGCCCCGGUCAUCGAGAAGCAUUCGCUAACUAAGGGGCUCGCUCUGAGGCUUAUGGGACCGGAAGACAGGGCUAAGGUGUUGCGAGAGAACAAGAUCUAUGGGUGUCGCCAUUGUCUGCAAGUGCGGACGACAUCGACGGAGAAGCCUAUGGAGGAGUCUGGGAAAGAGUGUAUCCUGACAUUCAACGGACUGCGAUCUCAUUUGAAAACAAAACAUUUGGUGGACGGUAUUCGAGAUGAGGAUUUUUACUGUUCCAAACCUUUGAUCUGGAGAGAAGUUGGCGCGGCGACCUGCACUCCUGGUAAGCGACUGUUUCAAAUGGGACAAAAUUCUGGGAAAAGGGGUGAACAACAGAUCAAAUUCUGAUCAAGGCUUUUGGUCAUAGCAAAAUGAGUCGGGAUUCCCUUUAAUGGUAAAGCCGACGCAUUUUGCUGUGAUCAAAAGUUUGGGUCAAAAUGUUAUCUGUGUUUUAAUUGUUUCCCUUGCAUUUUGACCAGCGCUAGUUAGUCAGUCACCUGCCAGGAGUGCUGAUUAACAUCUACAUCACGGCGAAGUAUGCAUGUCAAUGCGUAUCAUCUUGACCCUUGUAAAGGUUUAGCCGAUUCUAUUGGAAUACGGCUUGCCGGACCGGAUCCUACCCUCUUACCCCGAAUUCCAACGGACAAGUCGCGCUCUCCUAUACCCCCAAUUUGCUUGAUAUCGUGAAAGGCAUGAGUUUUCUCAUCCUUCAUGGUACAUUCUACGUGUAUAGUACGUUAUAUGUUCUACAAAGGAUAUAAUCUUGCCCGUUUUCAUUGAGUUU